GUAACUCGGGUCUCGGGCGAAUCAGUGUGCGAGUCUCUGCCAUUUGCGCGUCGGUACGCGGCUACGCGGCAGUGGUGAUACCAGAAUUCUACGUCUGCUUACCGGUGCGUAGAAAACGCAGGCCUUAUUAAGUGCGUUUGGUACCCGAGUACUUCAUCGACCUCACAAUUAAAUCGAUCACCAUGGCGGAUACAGAGACUAAGGAAACUAAAGUUGCCACCACUCCAGAAAAAAAAGUUGUGGAAGAAGAAAAAAAGCCUGUUCAAGAAGUUGAUGAAGAUUCAAAGACAUCAGAGAAUGGAGACGCUAAAGAAACCAAAGAAAAUGGUGCAAGUGAAGAAAAAGAGUCAAAUGAUAAAGAAGCAGAAUCAACAGAAAAUGGUGAUUCUACAGAUGCUCCUGUCGACAGUUGUUGUAUAAAGAGGAAAUCAACAGCUUUAAGUGAUACAACAGAAGACUCUGCCACUGAUGGUGCAAGUCCUGAAAAGAAAACAAAACUUGAAGAAAAGUGUGCUGAAACAGAAAGCAAUGGAGAAGCAGAAGCUAAAGCCUAAUAUUUUUUAUGCUCAUUGCAGACUUAAUUUAUAGAUAUAAUUUUAACAGCUAACUGAGAAAUCAGAACAGUCAAAAUUAGUUAUUUGUGCGCCGUCUUAAGUUGAUGAGCAUGAACAACAAGAUCAGUAACAAUGUAUCAAUGACUAUUUGUGUUCAGACAUUUGUGUGUUUGUUGCAACCGUUCUUAUGAGUCUAAUUGGCAAUGGUAUUGUCUAUAUUCAACAUCAUCAUACAUUUCUAUCUUAAAUUAGUACCAUUCAUGUUUCCUAUAUUUUUCACACUGGCGUCCAUACAUAUAUAUGUUCACUAGUACUAGAUUUGUAAAGAAAAGGAGAUAUAAAUAAUAUUAGAAAUAAUAUAUUUCUGUUUCAUAAGGAUAGAUGAUUGUAUGGUGCUUAAGAAAGAUAUGGAAAAUGUUCCAUACAGAGUUCUUAUUCUUUCUAAUGCACACACAUGCAUAUAUAUAUAUAUAUUUAUAGACAUUUAUAUAUAUAUUUAUAUAUAUAUAUAUACAUUUCAUAUCAGAGAUCGAAGAAACAAUAUUUUUCUGUAAAUUAAAAUACAUUCCUAAAAUAAUGCUCGCCCGGGGAUUAUUAACAGUUACUGACAAAAAUUAGAAAAUUAAUUUUAUUUGUUAACCUGACAUCAACAUACCCAUUUCACAUUACAUAUACUACUUAUGUACAGUUUAAUUUUCAACUUAAAAAAAAUAGCCGAAUUACUACAUAUUUUGAUGCAUUAAUGUUGAUUGUUAUAAAUCAUUUAGAUGGUUUUUGAUUUAAUGUUAAAAUAAAACUAACAAAAAACCUAUUUCAUCAUCGGAUAUUUAUCACAUUUUUUUAUUGAUUCUUUUAUCGCAAUAUCACAUAGAAAAAUUUUAAAUUGAUUUUUACCGAAAUAUGUGACAAUAUGUAAUAAUUUGUAUUAGUGUGUAUAGAAAUGUUGGUGAGCGGAAAUAUUGAGUGUUACAUUUUGAAUAGCAAUAAAAAAUACUGCAUUAAUAACUUCAA